ACCCAAAGAGAAAGAGACCCUUUAUUCACAAUGGGAUGACCUCAUACUUUCUGAGAAAUUAAGAGAGAAUAAUAAAGAUAUGAAAUGUAGUAAGUGAGUGAGAGAAAGUUUUCCCAGUGUUGCAGGUUUUAUGGCAGAGAGUUUUUUUAACUUUUAUCUGUGAAAUAAUUUCUCUCUUUCUCUCUCUCUCUCUCUUUUACAGUUGUACAUGCACUUCUCUCUCUCUUUCAUUGCUCAAUCUACACUGUAUAUUAUAGAUACGCUCUGUAAGCUGCUACAGCGCUGUGAUUGAACGACCAGACUCAACAGAGCUCUAUUAUUUUGCCUCCCUUAUCUCUAUUCAAGUUCAACUUUUUUACUUCUUCAUUCUUCAUAAACUAGGGAAAAAGUUAAACAAGGGGUUCUCUUUGUUGUUGUAUGUCGGUGAAAGGUGGCUAAAUAGAGGGCAAAAGCUGUAGUGGUUGUUGAAGAGCUUCUGAGUUAAAAAUGUUGUGUCGUUUUAAGAUGGUUGUUGGCACUUGAGACGAGUGAGUGGUUUUGUGUAAAUAUAUGGAGUUUGUUUCAAGGGCAGCCAUGACAUUUCAUGUCCAGUUCAUCCCACUGGUUUUUCUCUUUGCUUUGGGGUUUGGUUUUGUGGACGCAGAUGAUGGAGCCACAUUAUUGGAGAUAAAGAAGUCGUUUAGAGACGUAGAUAAUGUUCUCUAUGAUUGGACGGAUUCACCAUCUUCAGAUUAUUGUGUUUGGAGAGGGGUCACUUGUGACAGUGUCACCUUCAAAGUGAUUGCAUUGAAUCUGUCAGGUUUAAAUCUUGAUGGGGAAAUUUCACCUGCAAUUGGAGAUCUUAAAGACCUACUCUCAUUAGAUCUCGGGGGCAAUCAGCUCUCUGGGCAGAUUCCAGAUGAGAUUGGUGAAUGUUCUUCUCUGAAAAGCUUAAACUUGUCAUUCAAUGAGUUAUACGGGGACAUACCAUUCUCAAUUUCAAAGUUAAAACAAUUGGAGUUUCUAGUUUUGAAGAACAAUCAAUUGAUUGGUCCAAUUCCUUCAUCUUUGUCUCAGAUUCCAAACUUGAAAAUUUUAGACCUAGCCCAGAAUAAACUCAGUGGGGAGAUACCAAGGCUCAUAUACUGGAAUGAAGUUUUGCAGUAUCUUGGUUUAAGAGGUAAUAAUUUGGUUGGUUCGCUCUCUCCAGAUAUGUGUCAACUUACCGAUUUAUGGUAUUUUGAUGUCCGAAACAACAGUUUGACUGGUAGCAUUCCUCAGAACAUUGGCAAUUGCACUGCCUUUCAGGUCUUGGACUUGUCAUACAACCAGCUUACUGGAGAGAUUCCAUUUAAUAUUGGGUUCUUGCAAAUAGCUACAUUAUCCUUGCAAGGUAAUCAGCUUACAGGGAAGAUUCCAUCGGUGAUUGGUCUAAUGCAGGCACUUGCUGUGCUGGAUUUAAGCUGCAACCAGUUAAGUGGACCAAUUCCUCCCAUUUUGGGGAAUUUAACUUACACAGAGAAAUUGUAUUUACAUAGUAACAAUCUGACUGGACCCAUCCCUCCAGAGCUUGGGAAUAUGACAAAGCUUCACUACUUGGAAUUAAGUGAUAAUCAUCUCAUAGGGCAAAUUCCAGCAGAGCUUGGGAAGCUCACUGAUUUAUUUGACUUAAAUGUUGCAAACAACCAGCUGGAAGGGCCUAUACCCGAUAAUAUUAGUUCCUGUACAAAUCUCAAUAGCCUCAAUGUGUAUGGAAAUAAGUUAAACGGCACAAUCCCAACUGCAUUUCAAAGGCUAGAGAAGAUGACAGACUUGAACCUAUCAUCCAACAAUAUCAAGGGUCGUAUUCCAAUUGAGCUCUCUCGUAUUGGUAAUCUAGAUAAACUUGAUCUGUCCAACAACAAACUUAGUGGUUUGAUUCCUUCUCCUCUUGGUGAUUUGGAACAUCUUUUAAGGCUGAACUUGAGCAGAAAUCAGUUAACUGGAUUUAUUCCAGCGGAGUUUGGUAAUCUAAGAAGUGUUAUAGAAAUAGAUCUUUCUCAUAAUCAUCUCUCGGGUGUAAUUCCUCAAGAACUUAGUCAGCUUCAGAACAUCUUCUCUAUGAGGCUGGAAAACAAUAAUUUAUCGGGGGAUGUGACACCGCUCAUCAACUGCGUUAGCCUUGCAGUCCUAAAUGUCUCUUAUAACGACCUAACUGGUAAUAUUCCCACAAGCAAUAAUUUCUCAAGGUUUUCGCCUGACAGUUUCAUUGGAAAUCGAGCUCUAUGUGGCUAUUGGCUGACUUCUCCAUGUCACAAGUCUCUCCCAUCAGAGCGAGUUACAAUUUCAAAAGCAGCCAUUCUUGGGAUUGCACUUGGUGCACUUGUAAUUCUUCUGAUGAUCUUGGUGGCCGCAUGUGGACCAUAUAAUCCUGCACCUGUUCGGGAUGGAACUCUUGACAAACCAGUUAAUUACUCAACACCAAAGUUAGUAAUCCUUCACAUGAAUAUGGCACUUCAUGUGUAUGAGGACAUCAUGAGGAUGACUGAGAAUUUGAGUGAGAAGUAUAUAAUUGGUUAUGGUGCAUCAAGUACAGUGUAUAGAUGUGUUCUAAAAAACUGCAAGCCUGUAGCUAUUAAGAGACUCUAUUCUCACCAUCCACAGUGCUUGAAGGAAUUUCAGACAGAGCUUGAGACAGUUGGGAGCAUCAAGCAUCGGAAUCUGGUCAGCCUGCAAGGAUACUCCUUGUCUUCCUCUGGGAAUCUUCUCUUCUAUGAUUACAUGGAAAACGGAAGUCUCUGGGAUCUUCUUCAUGGUCCUGCAAAAAAGAAAAAGCUAGACUGGGACACUCGACUUCAAAUAGCACUCGGGGCUGCACAAGGCCUCGCAUAUUUACAUCAUGAUUGUAGUCCUAGAAUCAUCCACCGGGAUGUGAAAUCAUCUAAUAUUCUGCUGGACAGAGAUUUUGAGGCCCAUCUCACUGAUUUUGGCAUUGCUAAAAGCUUGUGUUUGUCCAAGUCGCAUACCUCUACUUACAUUAUGGGUACCAUUGGUUAUAUAGACCCCGAGUAUGCUCGAACUUCCCGUCUGACUGAGAAGUCUGACAUUUAUAGCUUCGGGGUGGUUCUGCUUGAGUUGCUAACUGGAAGGAAAGCUGUGGAUAAUGAAUCCAAUCUUCAUCAACUGAUUUUAUCGAAGACAGCAAACAAUGUUGUGAUGGAAACUGUUGAUCCCGAAAUCACUGCAACAUGCAAGGAUCUAGGAGAAGUAAAGAAGGUUUUUCAGCUAGCCCUUUUAUGCACAAAAAGGCAACCAUCAGAUCGGCCAACCAUGCAUGAAGUUACACGUGUUCUCGGGAGCCUUAUAACCGUGAGCACACCCCCAAAACUACCAACUUCAACCCCCGCUGUCAGGCACUCAUUGACCACAAUGCCCUCCUACAAGGAUGAGUAUGCAAAUCUCAAGACACCACACUUGCUCAGUUGUCCAUCAAUGAGCACAUCAGAUGCUCAACUCUUCCAAAAGUUUGGAGAGGUAAUAUCUCAGAACAGUGAGUAAAAUGUGCCUAGAACGGAUGAUGAUGAAUUAUUGGAGAGUGAAAGUUGAUAUGAAAAUUUGAAUUGUCUGUAUGAAAGAUCUGUUGCUAAUCAAGGCUAGAUGAGGAGAAGUUAAAAAGAAAAGUUGAACUACUUUUACCUAUAGAUAAAGUUGAAAUGUGAUGUAGUACCAAAAGUUUAUUUAUGUAAUGUAAGUUGAAUGGAAAAAUUAUGGCACUUUGUUUA